CCGGUGCCGUCUGCAGCGUGUAUAAUAGCAAGCAGAGAGACGCUGGGACUCUAGGAGGAGCCGUGGCAAGGUCGACAGCAGCAUCCUUUAUAACAACACAACGCUUACAAGUGGUCCUUCCUGACUGUUAAAAGACGAAGGUUGUAGGAACGUUUUUAUUUAAUGCGACAGAAAGAGAAAAAGAAGAGUGGUGGUAACUUCCCAGCUUGUACUCGCAUGCCCUGACGCUGCUAAGCAGCUAUCUACCUUUAAUACCGCCUUCUGCUAGGGAUCCUGCGCCUCUCCUCAGCGGGCAGCACAGCGUGUGUUUUCCUGCAACUAGCGGGGGUUUAGUGACGGAACAACACAGCGCGUUCUUUACUGAUUUAGUGGAUCCAAGCGAGUGUUGGCUACAUUCCGCAUAAUAGCUAUGUCGGAACCAUCUUCCGCGCCGGCAGACAGUGCUGCCCCGGAAAAUGAUUUUUUAGCUCCAGAUGCCGGGCAAAGGCCGUCCGGUCCGACACCUAGUCAGAGCCGCUUCCAGGUGGAUCUUGUGUCUGAAGCUGCGGGCUCCUCUGAACAAAAGUCAGCGAGCUCCGAAAACUUCGCAGCGGGUGGUGAUUCUGGCCCCGGGGGGGAGGAAGCCAAAGGACGGUUCAGAGUUGUAAACUUUGCGGAUCCGAACGGGUCGGGGAGCGGGGCCUCUCCGGAGGCAGUGCUGCCUGAGGGAUUACAGAACGGAGACACGGUGAUGAGUGAGACAAGCUUGCAUUCAUCCACAGGGGGCCAGCAUCACUAUCACUAUGACACCCAUACCAACACCUAUUAUCUGAGGACCUUUGGCCACAACACCAUUGAUGCUGUUCCCAAAAUUGACUUUUACCGACAGACGGCUGCGCCUCUGGGAGAGAAACUCGUGAGACCCACCCUGUCGGAGCUCCAUGAUGGGCUGGAAAAGGAGCCGUUUGAGGAUGGCUUUCCUAAUGGUGAUGAGCUGACACCGGCUGAAGAGGCUGCUGCUAAAGAGGCAGCAGAGCCCAAAGGAGUGGUCAAGUUUGGUUGGAUUAAGGGGGUUCUGGUACGCUGCAUGUUGAACAUUUGGGGAGUCAUGCUCUUUAUCCGCAUGACAUGGAUUGUUGGCCAGGCUGGAAUUGCUCUGGCCUGUGUGAUCGUCGGCAUGGCAACUGUUGUGACAACCAUCACUGGUCUCUCUACUUCUGCCAUAGCCACCAAUGGAUUUGUUCGAGGAGGAGGAGCAUACUACUUGAUCUCGAGGAGUUUGGGUCCAGAGUUUGGAGGCUCUAUUGGCCUUAUCUUUGCCUUUGCCAAUGCAGUGGCUGUGGCCAUGUAUGUAGUUGGCUUUGCUGAAACUGUUGUGGAACUUCUCAGAGGUGUGGAUGCGCUCAUGACUGAUGAGAUCAAUGACAUCCGAAUCAUUGGCACCAUUACAGUAAUCGUUCUGCUGGGUAUCUCUGUGGCAGGAAUGGAAUGGGAGGCUAAGGCCCAGAUCUUCCUGCUUGUUGUCCUUAUCACAGCUAUUGUGAACUACUUUAUUGGAUCCUUCAUUUCUGUGGAAUCAAAGAAACCUUCAGGUUUCUUUGGAUAUGAUGGUGAAAUUAUGUGGGAGAAUAUGGGACCAGACUUUCGAGAGGAGACGUUCUUUUCUGUCUUUGCCAUCUUCUUCCCGGCAGCCACUGGGAUACUGGCUGGUGCUAACAUUUCUGGAGACCUUGCUGACCCACAGAUGGCAAUCCCCAAAGGAACACUACUUGCCAUAUUGAUUACAGGCAUUGUCUACUUGGGGGUCGCAGUUUCCACAGGGUCUUGCAUUGUGAGAGAUGCCAGUGGAGAUCUGAAUGAUACAAUCAGCUCUCAUUUCACUGUAAACUGCACUGGUGCUUCCUGCAAGUUUGGCUUUGACUUCUCUAGCUGCAAGAGCCAAAAAACCUGCCGCUAUGGACUCCAUUAUGACUUCCAGGUGAUGAGCUUGGUUUCAGGUUUUUCUCCCAUCAUCUCAGCUGGAAUCUUCUCUGCCACUCUGUCCUCUGCUCUGGCCUCUUUAGUGAGCGCGCCUAAAGUAUUCCAAGCUUUAUGUAAAGACAACAUCUACCCUUAUAUUGGAAUAUUUGCCAAAGGAUACGGGAAGAACAAUGAGCCUCUCCGAGGCUACAUCCUGACCUUUGGCAUCGCUCUGGCUUUCAUCCUAAUCGCUGAGUUAAACGUAAUUGCACCAAUUAUCUCCAACUUUUUCCUGGCAUCCUACGCCUUGAUCAAUUUCUCUGUGUUCCACGCAUCCCUGGCCAACUCUCCCGGCUGGCGUCCCAGCUUCAAAUACUACAACAUGUGGGUUUCGCUUGCUGGGGCCGUGCUGUGCUGUGUGGUGAUGUUUGUCAUCAACUGGGCGGCUGCACUACUCACUAAUGUCAUCGUUAUGGCUCUCUACAUCUAUGUGAGUCACAAAAAGCCAGAUGUGAACUGGGGCUCGUCAACCCAGGCUCUAACCUACCAGCAGGCUCUGACUCACACACUGCACCUCAGUGCAGUGGAGGACCAUGUCAAGAACUUCAGACCGCAAUGCUUGGUGAUGACAGGCUAUCCCAACUCUCGUCCUGCUCUCCUGGAUCUUGUUCACACCUUUACAAAGAACGUCGGCCUUAUGAUCUGUGGCCAUGUUCGCAUGCAGGGGUAUAGAAAGCCAAACUUCAAAGAUCUCGCAGCAGAUCAGUCCCGGUACCAGCGCUGGCUAAUGAGGAAUGAGACCAAGGCCUUCUACACACCAGUGUUUGCUGAGGACUUGAGACAGGGUUCCCAGUACCUGCUCCAGGCUGCGGGACUAGGUCGUCUCCGGCCAAAUACACUGGUUCUUGGCUUCAAGAAUGACUGGAGAGAUGGUGACAUGAUGAAUGUGGAGACUUACAUUAAUAUGAUCCAUGAUGCCUUUGACUUCCAGUAUGGUGCUGUUAUUCUGCGGCUGCAGGAGGGGCUAGAUGUGUCUCAUAUCCAAGGACAAGAUGAGUUGUUGUCCUCCCAGGAGAAGUCUUCAGGAGUGAAGGACGUCAUUGUGUCCAUUGACACAAGCAAAGACUCGGAUUGUGAUUCAUCCAAGCCGUCUUCAAAGACCACCAGCCUGCAGAACAGUCCAGCUGUACAGAAAGAUGAUGAUGAAGAUGGCAAAGCUACAACUCAACCUCUGUUGAAAAAAGAAAAGAAGAGUCCAACCGUUCCUUUAAAUGUGUCUGACCAGAAGUUGCUGGAGGCCAGUCAGCAGUUCCAGCAGAAACAGGGGAAGGGCACAGUGGAUGUCUGGUGGCUGUUUGAUGAUGGAGGUCUGACCUUGUUGAUCCCAUACUUGCUAACCAACAAGAAGAGGUGGAAGGACUGCAAGAUCCGUGUUUUCAUUGGAGGGAAAAUCAACAGGAUUGAUCAUGACCGCAGAGCGAUGGCAACUCUACUGAGCAAGUUCAGAAUAGACUUCUCUGACAUCACCGUGCUGGGGGACAUCAACACCAAGCCCAAGAAGGAGCAUGUGGCAACCUUUGAGGAGAUGGUUGAACCUUAUCGGCUGAAGGAAGACAACAUGGAACUGGAGGCAGCUGAGAGGUUGAAAAACAGUGAACCCUGGAGGAUCACAGACAACGAGCUGGAACUGUACCGCGCCAAGACCAAUCGUCAGAUCAGGCUCAAUGAGCUACUGAAGGAACACUCCAGCACUGCCAACCUCAUUGUCAUGAGCCUGCCAUUAGCUCGGAAGGGCGCAGUGUCUAGUGCCCUCUAUAUGGCCUGGCUGGAGGUGCUGUCUAAGGACCUGCCCCCCAUCCUCCUUGUGCGUGGCAACCACCAGAGCGUCCUCACCUUCUAUUCUUAGUGUUAGCACAGGGAAAAAUCCUGCGUCUUUAAGUCUCACAUUCACUUCUGCGGCUGAUAGCAAAGUCACACACAUGUUCCAGUUAAAACCCAAAAUUAAAGGUGCACCAUCACACUCCAGAGACUGUAGAAAACACAGCCACUGUUGAUCUAAAGAAGGAAGUGAUACCGGUAAGACGUUGGUGAAGGAAUUUUAGGGUUAGGGUGGAAAUUAUUGGUAAUGUUGCCCUCUCGGCUCCUUUCGUUUCUAUUUAUUCCAAAUUUUCCUCUUUUUUUUUUUGUAGCUUUAGUUUUUUCAGCUUUUGUGGAUAAGUUGUCAUUUCUGUUCAAAUUCUUUUCUCUCCGGCUGCAAUUCAGGCAUUCAUAAUAUUUGUAGUUUUUGUUCUCAUGGUAUAGAAUAUCUUUUGAAGUUAUUAGGACCAGUUGCCAUGUCUGUUAGCAAUAAUUACCUAGUUUAUUUGUUUUAGACAUUGGAGAGAACAACACAUUCUAAAGCCUUACAGAUGUGCCUUUUGGUUAGAUCUGAUGAAAUUAGUUGAAUAUCUAAUCAGAUAAACAAUAUGACCCAUAUUAUUGGCGGUUAAGUAAUAAUUUUAAUGCAUUUAUGGUGGUUCUUUCUUAGUUGAAUCAGUUUAGCUUUGGGAGUUGAUUGCAUGUAGGCUUUCUGUCAUUUUGUUUUUAGAUUCCUUUAAUCUGGUUAUGGUUCAAAGCUCUGCUGGUCUUCCAUUGUAAAGCUGUUAAUCAUUUUCAAUAGCCUGUUAUUGGACACAGUUAACCGUUUGGGUCCAGUGCCUGUUUCAGAUUGUAUUUGAUUUUAAAUUAAACAUGCUAUUAGUUAGCAAAGAUGUGAAGCUAAUGAUAAUUAGCCUUGUUGGUUGGAAGCUGCUGAGUAAUGUUUGUUUCUGUUCUUCCCCUCUAAAGACUUUACUCUCUUCAACGACCUAAUUAAAACCUUGCCUUAAUGAUGCUUUCCUUUCUCCAAAGCCAUAGUGGCUGUGUGAUUUGUGGAUAAAUGUGGAAGCAAUCCGUGGUUUGUCUUCAGUCUCAGCUCAUUUUUAAUGUAGAUGCAUCUGCAGUGUUGCUGAAUUUGGUGUGCUCUGGUUUUUACUGCACAUUACUGUUGAAGUGCUCUGUCCGCUGACUGUAAUAUUUGGCACUAUACUGUCAUGUCAACCUACUGGGCUCCUUUGCUCCCAUCAGGCUGCACUGUGGACUGUUGUCCUGUUCUCACAGAGCUCACACCUUCCCACAUCCAAAAAAUGUCUUGACUGAGUGUGAAGAUGUACCUCUAUGCAUUUGAGCGAGUGAGCUGAAGUUCCAGUCCAGUGGUUUUCUGUGCAGAGGAGCCUUGCUUCAUUUGAUGAGAACCUUCAACACAUCCUCCAUUGGCUCCAAACAGCACUACCAUGGUUCCAUGAAAAGCCAUAUCGAAUUCCCUGCUCUGAGGUUUGAAAAAUAGGUCAGAUGUAGAACACAAAGCUCGAAUAGAACUGUAAUUUAUGCUUGGUGAAGUAAAGUUUGGUUGAUUUUUAAAAGUUUUUACAAAAUAAACUUAAUAAAUGUACAUCUAUUGCUUAUGCAAUCAUUAGAAGUGAAUAAGUACAGUUUUAAUGGUGUACUUCUGCUGUCAAAUUAAAAAAUAGAUUAGAUCAGGAAUAGACUUAGUUCAGAGUGAGCAGAUACCUUUCAGCUCAAAUUCUGUUGAGUAAAUAUUGACUAAAGUAAAUAAGUCCAUUUGAUUUCCAGAUAAGAGAAUCGAUGUGACUUUGCAAGUUGUUCGACUAUAGAAAGCGAUUUACAUCUUCAUAUUUGCAAGUCAGAUGAACAGCUUCUAAUUUUGCUGAUCAAUGUAGUUUUAGAUAAAGAGAUGGCUUACAACAGUAAAGUCCAGUUCAGUUUUGAUUUACUCUUCUGGUCAUGGCUUCUUUUUUUUCAGACAAGUUUAGUCUUCACCUUGUAGCUCCCUUGUAAUCAGUCACUGAUUGUAUGCAAUUUAUGAAAAAGAAUGUCAACCAAUGCUUAGGUUAGUGGAAUGUAAUGUAUGUAUAAUGAAGUCUGGCUUCUGGGUGGGCAGAUUUUUUUUUUUUUUUUUUUUUUUUUUGAUUGUUCAUUCUCAUGUAUUUAAUUUUCCACAUAGACGGCAAUAAGACCAGUACUUUAUCAAGCAUCCUUCUGUGCUUCUGCACACUGUUCCAGACACUUUGUCCUGAGAAAUCAUUAAAGCACCUGUACCAUUAUUAUACCCUUCUGGAGAAGUGAGAGAGGAUGUUCCUGUUUGUCUAAGGAAAACUUUCCAAUGUUGAAGAUUAAGGUGGUUUCUUUCUGUUUGGGGGGGGGACAAACUUCCCAGCUCAUUUCUGGUGUUUGGGGAAGCAUUCCCACUCUGAGAACUGUUCUAUCAAAGUGGAAUGUUCUAGACUUUUUAGAAUUAGUUUUAAGUUUGUUUAAAAAUGAGGUUUUCUCUUAAACAGAUGCAGCUCACAAAAUGUGUUCUUCACUGGUCUUAGUGAUACAUCUGUCCCUUCAUUCAUAUCCCCACAAAUCCAAACUAUUGUAAAGCCAAAACACCUAUUACCAAACAGUACAGCAGUUCCAUUGUGUAGUGCAGUUGUGGUACUAAACAGUAUACAAUAACUGCAUUCACAUUUUCAAAUGUAAUAAUAUUGAUUGAUUGAUGGUGUCAUAAAACGAACUGUUCAAACCCCAGUUAUCAUAAGGAGUAUGAUAAUUAUCCAUCCCAGGCAGCUGCUGUACACUUCAGGCUAUUUUGAGCUGUUAAUGGUGAAUUCUAUAAAUGUCCAUUGAACUUUCAAUAUGAACUAAUUGAAGAAUAUACAAAUAAAUGCACAGAAUAAGCUAGACUUUAUUUAAGCCUAUACUCAAAGAGAAAUGAGCUUUGAUGUUUGAAAUCACUUUUGUGUACUAAAGAGAAUAAAUGUGACUUUAUGUUCAUUGCCAUACUGUGAGUCAUCCCUCUCCCUUCUGUUCUAGAGCAACACUGAAGAAAACAUGCACACACUUUAUUCUGUAUUUGUAUGUUAAAGAAGAUAUAUAGACCUAUAUUCAGCAUAUGCACAUACAUAUACCUGUCAGUCUGAUCUAUAGGAAAUCUUUGUCACAUUUUGAUCAAAACAUAACUUUUGCAAACAGCUGGGAUUUGUGCCUAUUGAUUUGAUCAGUUCUCUCUAUUAAUAGGUUAUAAAGAAUAUUGGAGACUAUUCCACAGAUCAGAAGUCAUUUGUUAAUAUUUCAGAUUUAAGGCUGGUUCUGAGAUCAUAAUCCACUGUUAUUCUUUCUUAGCCUGAUCCCUGUCAUCUGCUCAUUCCAGAACUUAAGUGACUGGUAGUAAGAUUUCCAACAUAAUAAAGUUAACACAAUCCUAAAGACCUGCAGACAUUGGCCUCCUUUCCACUAACAUGGCCUAACCUGUAAAUAAUCUUCAUAGUCUAAUAAUGUUUCAUUUAGUAUGAAGAAAGUAUUUAUAUUAGAUCUGGGAUUUCUUUUUUUUUUCUUGUGUAAUAUUUUGGAUUCAGUACAAAAUUAAUUUGCAUGUUUUUCUGUUAGUAUUCUGUUUGCCUUUUAAUUUUAGCUAAAUUGUAUUUUUUGACUAUCUUUUCAAUGCCUUUUGAGAUAAAGACCUGGUUAAGAUCAGAAAAAGCAAUGCCAAGCUUUGACAAACAUGGAUGGAAUCAACCUGGCUGGUUGAAGUAGUAAUGAUUUGAUUCACUGUACUGUUAACAGUCACAGAUAUGCUUUUCUAACAUUUUAACAGUUAUGAUUACAAAUACUUUGUAUAUCUUUAUUGCAAUAAAUGAAUCAAAUGAAA